AUGAAUCGGAGCAUGCGUAGAUGCGUUCUUCAUAAUACAUCAUAGGGUAGGAUGAUCAUGGUGCUUCAGUAGACAAUAACAACGUCUGGCGAGAAGUGUCUGGCUGACCUAAUAGAAUAUUUCGGUAGAUAAGGAUGGGUGUGGCUACCUUCACUAGUCACAUUGUGAAAAUAUCUGCUCUACUCUCAGUUCUGUUUAACACUGCAAUGGGUAUUGACUGCUAUCAGUGCUCAUCUUCCAAAAGUAUCAACUGUACAGACUACAUGAUUCAUGAUGGCACCAUCAGUGCCACAAGUUGUGACCAUGUGUUUGAGGCGAGUUACUGCAUCAAAACAAUUGGUCUGUAUGGAGGUGGCCUCGGAACAAAACGAUUUUGUUCAUCUUUGGAUUUGGGAAACUAUUGCAAUUAUAUCAGACAACCUGGUGACCAACUUGAAUAUCGUUCGUGUGUGUUCACAUGCUCAUCUGAUGGCUGCAACCUUGCGGAAUCUAAGAGGCCACACUUUCUAGUCACUUUGCUCAGUGUGGUCUUGUCAACAGUUUUAGCAAUUUUGUAAUCCCUGCAGUCACAGGAAAAAAAGUGAAUCUCCACUUUUUUCAUACUACCACUUCCAAAAAAAAGUGUUUUAUAGUUACCAAAUCACAUAUGUGUAAGUAUGUAAUCAGUGUUCAGAGAAGGAUAAGAAUCUGAAAUCUGAGUGUUGUUAUAUUGCAUUUUUGAAAGUUAAAAAAUUGUCAUUGUUUCACUGUUUCAAAUCCAGGGCAAACUAUUUUGACAUUUACAGAAUAAGGAAUAAACAAAUUUACAAUUUUUUAAAAGUCAGUGUUGUUCAAGUACUGUUACUUGCAGUUCAGUUACCAUUCAAGACAAAUAUGUAAUUAAUGUAUAAUAUUUUCAUAAAUUUUAAACACAGAUAUGUUAAAAAAGAACAUUAGAUUUACAAUAGCUGUGAAGACAAGCUCAAACUACUCCAGUAGCCAGUACUUUGAUAAGUCGGUUUUGGAAAUGGAUGUAAUAAUUUUGUUUUCAAGAUUGAUAUAUAUAUUUAUAUAUCAUAAUAUUUGUUUUCUAAAUAUCUUACUGUUUGAAGGGUUGCAGUGUUUUAAAUCUAUUAAAGAAAAAUACAUUAUUCAUUAUUCUCUACAGUAUAGUGUUUGAUGUUUGUGAUUAAAUUAACCUUUAACUUUUAUCAUAUGGGAAUAAGAGCCUUAAUCUUCCAUACUUUGGGACUGCUAACCAGACUUCAACUCUGGGGUGAUAGAGAUUAAUUGCUGUGAUGGAUAAAAUUUUCCCAUUUGUCAUGUAUCUAUAAAUUAAAGGUUAAUAUGCUGCAGAAUGGGAUGAAGUGGAUGAAUGUUUCAUUUUAUAUUCAGUAUGACAAUUUUUCAUAAUAAUACUGAUGUCUUUUAGAAGGAUUUUCUGUAAGAGAAGCUCUUAAAGCAAUUCAUUUGCUUGAAUUAUCAGUGAUUGAUUUGUUUGAAUUGUCUUAUAUAUCCUGUGUUAAAUACUUUAAAUUAACCUUUUUUAUAGACAUGUAUUUUUGCUCACCUGAAGUAUGGGAUUUUGAUAUUUUGUUUUGGAGUCUUUAAAACACAAUAGGGAGUGAUUACAGAGUCACAUAUUAUCUGUACUUUAUUUAGAGCCUUGCAUUAUAGUGUAUACAUAUAAUGUUUAUGUUUAUUAAUUUUUAAGUGUAUUAUUGUUCAAGAAUGGUAUGUAUUGUUGUAUACCAAGGCUAUGAGAUGAGAUUUUUAUAUCAGAACAUUAUAGUUGUGAUUUCUAAAUUAGAAAUCAAGAUCUUAAGCAUAUACUCAGGAUACAAACAAUGACUGUGAGGUGACAAUACAAACUAUGGAGAUUUUUUUCUUCAGCAGUCUGAUUAAGGCAGACAGGCCAACAUACAAAAUAAAUAUAUAUUGUGUGAGAUUUCAAGAUGUUUAAUUAUUUAGAGGUGUUUGAUAUCUGUAGGAUUGCCACCUUCCAUAACUUUUCAUACUAGGAACAAGAGUUAAAGUUUGAAAUAUGUUGUGACAAACUGAUCUAGAAUGAGGAACUAUAGGGCUGAAUACAAAAGAAUAAAUACAAAACAUUUGGUCCAAGUAUUGUGUGGCAGAACUUCAGAUCCACUAUCUCUUUUUUGCCCUGUAUGGAGGGUGUGUGACCCUGAACAUUUACAAAUAGUUGAUUAGAAUAAUAAGUAAUCGUAGAUGCUGCAUCAAUAAUACAGGCAUUAUAUUGCAAGUUCAUAACAAUGGUAGUAAUUUUUGUGUGCUGACUCAACAGCUACAAGAGUUAGUAAUAAAAUGUACGUGCAACAAGCACCAGAAGAAGUUUGAAUUACAUGGUAGUGUCUGCAACAACUAGAAACGUGUGGUGGAAAGGCACAGGCCAGCACACAUGGAGGACAGUGUUUCACACAUACGUGAAGUGAUUUUAAAUUGUAUCAUUACAAAAUCAAAGUGGUACAGAUGAUCAUUACACUAGUGGAAAUGUGAGUUUUGUUGGGACUCCUUACAGUUUGUGGAGCAGUACUGCAAAAUGUACAAUAUGGUGUGUAAUCAGCAAACCUGGACUGGUCUUUGUGCAGGCCACCAUAAGAAGCCAAUGGUACCUGCAGCAACUGCAAAAUGAGGUCAUUCUGGUUAUUCAGAGAGCAAGGCAUAUGAACACAACACUUUUCCAGCGGAAUGUGCACAUACAGCAAAUGUUGUCUUGGACAUCACGGUUGAUAUGCUUUGUAGUCGUGUCUCGUCAAAUCGAUUUCCAGGGUGCUUCAGGCGUUGGUGGUCCUGGUCACCACAUUCACUAGGUAUGAAUCUCUGCAGUUAUUUCCUUUGAGGCUAUGUUAAAGAUUGUUUGUACCACACCAACUCACACACAGUUCAGAGUUGCAAGCAGAAAUUGAAGCUGUUGAUGAAGAGCUUACAGGUGACAUGUCACAUAACAUACAGUCCACAGAUCAGGAGAAAAGCCCUGGAACUGUCUAUAAAAACAUUAUCAAUGGCAGUACUGGAGUAAUUUUGAAUUCUAGAGGAAGUUGACUAUUGACAUGAGAUUAAAGAAUGUUAUUAGGGAGUUCAGACAUUGUUUGUUGUAGCUUUCAGUAAGAUAAUCAACAUUAAUGUCACCACAAAUGACAGAUUCUGCCUUAGGUUUAUAAAGGUAAUUUAUAAUUCCUUCUAACUUGUGUAAGAAUAUUUCAAAAUCGCCUAUGGGAGAUCUGUGUAUAGCUAGAAUAUAUAUGUUGGAGAAUUUAGAUUCCUCAGAGUUUAAGUUCAAUCAGUGGCACCAUACUGUGGGGUUCAAAUCCCCUAUUCCCACAUGUUAUGGGUUAUUGAACCGUCUUACUACACAUGGUUGUUGGCAGUUAUGUUGCAGAAAAUUUAUUUUAGUCAGAGGCCAUGUUUGAUGAAAAGGAUUGAGUACAUAACUGGAUGAUGAUUGUAAAAAGCAAGAAGUUAUAAAAUUCCAUUAUUUUGCAUUUAUUUUAGUUAAAAGCAUCAACAAAUUACAGCUUUUAGAAAAGUAUGAAUGACUAAGCCAAACCGAAUUAUAUAUAUGUAUGUAUAUAAUGCAUAAAAUAAAUCUUUUUACAUAGAAUACAGUAAAAUAGAUACAUAUAGAAAAGUGACAUGCUUCUUAUAAUUAUCCCUGCCUAGUUAAAGAUGUACUUUAAACAGUGCUAGCAACUUGUGAAGUUAAGAUUAACAUUUGAGAAUUAAAAUAAUAUUGUAAGGUAUAAGGAUGAAAUUCUGUUAAAGACAUUAAAGAAUAAGAGAUUAAUGCAAUUAAAGAUCUUGAUAUAAGGUGUCAAGUA